GGACCACUUCCACCACUACAAACGAUGUCCAUCCGUGGGAGCAACUCGCUGCCUUUGAGUGACGACGUAAUAGAGCAGAUAUUCCACUGUUUGCCGUCUUUCGCCUCUCUUCAAUCAACCAUCCGGGUGUGCAAGGAUUUUCACAGGAUCUUCAACACUCAUCCGAAGACUACAGUGCGAAGGGUGGCGUACAAUAUUGCUGGCCCAGCUCUUCCGCAAGCCAUGAGAUUGCUUCGGUACAGAAAUGAAAAUGAUACAGAUCUACCUUCUUCAGAGGGAUCGCAUGCAGACGACGAGGUUUCGUCCGACUAUGGACCUGUUUCGAAUUCAGCAGCCGAGACGACCAACGGACCUCCUCUCACGCAGUCCGAGACUAAGGAGUUAACAAAAAUUGCCAGAGUAGUCAGUAAACUGGAGGAUGUGUUCAGUUUCAGACAUAAAGAUCGGUUGUCGAAAACUAGUAAAUUGACGUCAAUGGAAUCGUGGCGUUUUCGUCGAGCUAUCUAUCGUCUCAUGCUCUUUUCUCGUGUCUUUCCUGGCUCCAAAUACCACUUCCUUAGUGACGAUGAAGAUGACGACGACGACGCGGACGCGAAUUUGAAGAGGCUGCGCGACGAUAGACAAGCGAAGGAAGAUUUCAUAGAUGACUUUUUCACAGAGGAGAUCAUUGAAAUGUAUGCCGUUGCCCACUUCCUCGUCGAGACAGCAGAAUGGGCAUCAUUGGCGCAUGUCGGAUCCAUUGAUCCGACUCAUUUUGGUGACGUUGCUCUAUGUGCUGGGCCAGAUGCGAUACUGGCUUCAUACGAAGAAGGAUCAGUGGUUCCUAUUCAAGAUGCCGCCGAAGAAAUGAACAUAGUUGAAGAAUUAAUUACAGAAUAUAUCGAACAUCCCCUCCGUACCAUUCUGGAGUCGACCAAGACUGUCAUACCUGCGAAAGACAAAAUCCUUUGGAACAAGAUCUUGAGCUCCGUUGAAGGAGAAAAUGACCUUUGCAAGCGGUGCGGUGCAGCUGAAGGUUUGAACUUGUGGUGUGAAUCCAACUGGGAAUACCUUCGUGGGACGCCGACGUUCACCAUCAGUCAGAUUCACCAGUACCUUAGAGGUCUAUUACCUAGAAGCUUUACUGAAUGCGCAUUCUUGCGCUUGCAGCUUGAACCUAUCAACCAGCCCGCUCUGUACAUGGACAUGGUGGCUGAACUUUUCGACGUCAAGAGACCUGAGUUUGAUGAUUGGGAUAAAGAAGACCUCUUAUGCACGGCAUGUUUGAAGGUGUUUGUCGGUGAACAUUUGCAUCUUUGGUUAUUGGAGAGAAAGCGCGCUGCUGGCAAGCAAAUACCAGAAGAUUGUUGGUAUGGAUAUAACUGCCGAACGCAAACCCACAAACGAGAGCACGCGGAGAAACUCAACCAUUUGAGCCUUCCAACACGGGGAUGAAUGUUCCACUCUACGAAGCCGAGUGUCUUUCCAUGAAGUCUUCGUGUGUAUUAUUAUUACGCUGCAUUCUUACGAAAUUCAAAUGAUUUGUUUACUACCUAUAUCCGUCCAGACCGUCACGCUUAUGUAGUGGUUUCCCCCCACAUGCAGUUACAGUACAUUCACAACGCGAACGUGCUUCGACGGCGUUUAUCUUGCCGACGUGAGAAAGUCAGUCACAGACCCU